CAGAAUUCAAGGCCCCGGGGGUGAGGCCCAGGCAAAUGACCCGCCCCCUUCCUCCAAGAAUUCUAUCAGGAGGGACUGAGGGAGAAACAGGUGAUGUGGGAGGGGGCGGGGGCUCGACUGGGGGCCUGCCUGCAGCUGACACUCAGAAGUGCAUCUUGCCUUUCCCUCUCCAAGUCUCCCAGGGCUCCUGUGAUUCCCAGGUACCAAGUCCUCAGUGUGAUGUUCAAGGACAAACACUGAGCUUCCCACUACUGUAUAUCAGGCAGUGGCAUGGAUUGAUUUACUUAAUCACAACAACCCAGUAAGGUGGAUAGUAUGACAUCCCAUUUUUAUAGUUGGGGACAAUGAGGCUUGGAGAGGUUUAGUAACUCUUACAACAUCACACAGCUGGGAAGGGGCAAAGCUAGGAUUUGAAUAUGGGCCACCUAGCUGGAGAGUCUCCUUGCUUAAUCAUCCUGCUGUACUGCCCUGGAAGUGAGGACCUCCCUGAGGCAGUGACUUUUGAAGUGGUAGCUAGAACAUUUCAGGCAGAAUAAUAACUCCUACAUCACAGGGAAGCUGUGAAGACCCAGUGAGGGCUUAGGGUGGUGCUCAGUACUCAGCAAGAUGCUCAGAAAAUAUGAGCUUAAAAAGGGAUUAAGGAAGAUUUCAUAGAGGCGAUGCUGAGUACGGUUUUGAAGGGUAUAUAUGAGUCUUCCAGGAGGACUGGGCUAAGGGAAGGAUACAGAGGGCCCAGCAAGGACAAAAAAAGAGAAAGGCGUAUGCUGUUGUCUUUCUGGCUGAGUGUGACCCAUGGCAAGAUGCUCUUUACCUGGAAGUUUUUCCAGACAGACCUCCCCCAGGUUUCUCCAGCUGUGACAGCCCUGACUACACUGGAAGGGCAGGGGGUGUGGAUGUGAGAUCCAGAACUGAGUUCUUUCCUGUCCCCAGCCUCAGCUGGGCCCCCAUUCAGCUAACAUUUAUUAAAUAGAUAUGCUCUGCCUCUCCUGCUCACAUUCUAUGGCUCCCAUUUACUUGGGGAGCCAGUUCCCAACUCCCCUGCUUUGCUUCCCCUGCCUUGCUUGAGCUGCCUGGCUAACCUGCUGCUUCCUCCUGGACCCUGCCUCCAGCCACCCUGACUUUACCAGCAAAGAGCACCUAAUUCCAGACCUCCAAGCUUUUGCACAUGCUGUUUCCUGCCACGGAUGUCCUUCCUUUAGGGCCCAAUGUUAAGACCUUUUUUUUUCUUUUAGGUUCAUCUCAGACCUCACUUCCUCCUGUGGGAUCUUCUGGGUCCUUCUCACUGCCUAGCCCAAUCCCUGGGCCUGGGAUCAUCUUUCACCCAGCUUUGGCCUCUCUUAUAAAUAAGAGGCUUGUGUUCAGGGCUGAGGCUUCUCUGGGGUGUCAGGGAGGGUGUGGGAGUCUCAGGACCUGGGAGCUGGUCUCAGUGCAACCCUCUGUCCCCCCUACUCAAAGCAACCCUCUUCUGGCCGGCCUACCCCUGGACCCUGAUUACUCUGUGCCUUGCCACUGCUCACUUCCCUCACCCUCCAACGUGUGUUUGGCUGCUAACGAGAAGUGUGACAAGUGCUGUGGCCUUUCCUCAGAAAAGACCUUGGCAUAUACAUUUCACUGGUCCAGGACUCCAGAUCCAGAGAUCUUGCAGCCAGCUCAACCUGAAAAUAUAGAGACGAUUGGAGCCUGGAGGCCAGGGAGAGACUCGGGGCCUCGAUCGCAUGGGUCUCCCCUGCUCCCCAGCUCAGACUCACAGGAGCACUGUAAUGACCAGGACCUUCCGAAGAGGCAUCACAGCAACACUAAGAAGCCCUUGGAGACCAGCUCUUCCAAAGCCAGAGUGAAGUCCACUGUGAUGAUUCCCGAAUCCCAGAAGCUUCUUCGAUGUGAACUGGAGUCACUCAAGUGUCAGCUACAGGCCCAGACCAAGGCUUUCGAGUUCCUAAACCACUCAGUGACCAUGUUGGAGAAGGAGAGCUGCCUGCAGCAAAUCAAGAUCCAACAGCUUGUAGAGGUGCUGGGCCCCACGAGCCGCCAGGCAGACAAGGAGGGACUCAAGUGGGACGUGGAGGAAGGACGGCAGGAGCUAUAUGAGGCCCUGGCUAAGGGCCUGCAGGGGCUGCAGAAAACCCUGCGUGACAACCAGGAGGUGCAGCGGGCCCGUACCACCCGCUGUCUGCAGCUGCUGGCCCAAGAGAUCCGGGACAGCAAGAAGUUCCUAUGGGAGGAGCUGGAGCUGGUGCGGGAGGAGGUGACCUACAUUUAUCAGAAGCUCCAGGCACAGGAAGAGGAGAUCACGGUGAACCUGGCGAACAUCCAAAAGAUGCAGAAGACACAGGUGAAGUGCCGCAAGGUCCUGACCAAAAUGAAGCAGCAGGGGUAUGAGACAUCCAAUUGUCCAGAGACCAAGGAGUUGCCACCAGAAGGCAGUGGCUUCUGGAGGGAUGACCUCCAGAAGGAGCUGGGUGACAUAUGGUCUGCUGUCCACGUGCUGCAGAACUCCUUUGAUGGCCUCAGCAUAUCCUCAGGGGGCCGCCCCAGGGCAGCGAGACUCAGGGGCUAUAAGGGGCACCGAUGCCUGAGCCCUCCUGUCCCCUGCUGGGAUUCAGACUCGAACUCAGACCAGGACCCUUCCCAGCCACUGCUCAGCAAGAGCCGCUCCUUCUCACCUGGUCUGUAUCUCCCCCUGCCCCAACCUACCCUUCUUCCCCUCCUGGCCUGCCCUGGAAUCCCACAGUAUGGGCCCUCUCAACUCCCAGCCUGUGCAUCUGCUCCCUGACCUCCAGCCCUGGGGUCCCCUGGACCAGGGCCAGGC